UCACAGCGUGGUGCUGUGACGUUCCCACUGCCAUUUUGCAUGAGGUAAUGAGGUGUGUGUGUGAAAUGAGAUUAAUGGGGGGGGUCUGCCCCGUUCCCAUGGUAACCCUAGUAACCAUGGCCAUCCUAGCCCCGUUUCCUGGUGACCAUAGCAACCUGGCCAGGACCCCUCUCCUUGGUAACCACCAGCCUAGCGGCCGUUUCACGACACUUCCGCGCUGCGCCGCGGUGCAUUGUGGGGCUCGUAGUCCCGCCGCGGCCGGCGGGCGCGGGCGGCGCCGGGGAGCGAGGGCGGCGGGACUACAGGCCCCAGGCGCCCCGGCCCGGCCCGGCGGACCGGUUGCAUCAGCGGGCGGCGGGGAGUGUGGCCGGGCGAGGAUGCGGCUCUACCUGAGCGAGGGCAGCGCCCAGGGCCUCAAGGUGCUGGCGGCGGCCGGGGCCAGCGGGGCCCGCGUGCGGCUGGAGCGGGUCCCCCCGGACGGUCGCGUGGUCCCUUUCCUCACCCACCCGCGGGUGCCAGCCCUGCACCUGGACAGCGGCACAUUCCUCUUCUCCCCAAAUGCCAUCUGUCAGUACUUCUUCCUCUUAGCUGGAAAGGAGCCCAACGAUCUCACCAAUCAGUGGCUUGAAUGGGAAGCAACGGAGCUGCAGCCGGCCGUGUCCACAGCCCUGUAUUGCCACCUGGUGCAAGGAAAGAAAGGAGGAGAGGUUCUGGGGGCCAUCAGGAAAACGUUAACCUACAUUGAUCAAAGCUUGACCAGCAAAGCCACUCCUUACCUCGCCGGGGAGGCAGAAUCGGUAGCCGACAUUGUCCUGUGGGCCACCCUGUUCCCUGUGCUGCGGGAUGAAUCCUGCCUGCCAGACGAGCUGCAGGCUCUGAGGAGCUGGUUCCAGACCAUGAACCUCUCGGAGCCCUGCAGAAGCGCCGCGGUGUCCGUGCUGACGCCCAAGGGAGCCCAGGCGUUCAAGGUUUAUCUGCAGAAACAGCUAGGGCCCAGCCUGCACUGGGAGAAGCCAGCAGCUAACGAGCCAGAGGAAGAGGAAUUGGCCGAGCGCUCGUUGUCGGAGGAAGAAAUCGCAGCCGCUGCGGAAGCCUGGGCCAGAGGCCCGGCAGCCCUGCCCGAACGCUGGCAGCCGCCGAGCCCUGUGCUGCCCGUGGAGGGCAGAAGGAACGUCCUGAUCACCAGCGCCUUGCCCUACGUCAACAACGUGCCCCACCUGGGGAACAUCAUCGGCUGCGUCCUCAGCGCCGACGUCUUCGCCAGGUACUGCCGUCUGCGGAACUGGAACACGCUGUACGUGUGCGGCACGGACGAGUACGGCACAGCCACAGAGACCAAGGCCCUGGAGGAGGGGCUGACACCGCAGCAGAUCUGCGACAAGUACAACGCCAUCCACGCCCAGAUCUACCGCUGGUUCGACAUCUCCUUUGACUACUUUGGCCGGACCACCACGGCCCACCAGACCACGAUAGCCCAGGACAUCUUCCAGCGCCUGCUGGAGCGCGACAUGCUGCUGACGGACACCGUGGACCAGCUGCGGUGCGAGCGCUGCCAGCGCUUCUUGGCCGACCGCUUCGUGGAGGGCACCUGCCCCUUCUGCAACUACGAGGAGGCCCGGGGCGACCAGUGCGACAAGUGCGGGAAGCUCAUCAAUGCGGUGGAGCUCAAGAAACCUCAGUGCAAAGUGUGCAAAGACUCCCCGGUGGUGAAGUCCUCGCAGCAUCUCUUCCUGGACCUGCCCAAGCUGGAGGGGCGCCUGGAGAAGUGGCUGGAGCAGUCGUGGGCCACGGGCGACUGGACGGCCAACUCCCGCUUCAUCACCCGCUCCUGGAUCCGCGACGGCCUCAAGCCCCGCUGCAUCACCCGCGACCUGAAAUGGGGGACGCCCGUCCCCCUGGACGGCUUCCGUGACAAGGUGUUCUACGUCUGGUUCGAUGCCCCGAUCGGCUACCUGUCCAUCACGGCCAACUACACAGACCAGUGGGAGAGAUGGUGGAAGAACCCGCAGCAGGUCCAGCUCUACAACUUCAUGGCCAAGGACAACGUCCCCUUCCACAGCGUCAUCUUCCCCUGCUCGCUGCUCGGUGCCGAGGACAACUACACGCUGGUCAACCACCUCGUCGCCACGGAGUACCUGAACUACGAGGACGGGAAGUUCUCCAAGAGCCGCGGCGUGGGGGUGUUUGGGGACAUGGCCCAGGACACGGGGAUCCCCGCCGACAUCUGGCGCUUCUACCUGCUCUUCCUGCGGCCCGAGGGGCAGGACAGCGCCUUCUCCUGGACCGACCUCCUGCUGAAGAACAACUCCGAGCUGCUCAACAACCUGGGCAACUUCGUCAACAGGGCCGGGAUGUUCGUCUGUAAGUUCUUCGGUGGGCGCGUCCCCCCCAUGGAGCUGGGCGCGGACGACAGGCGGCUGCUGGCUCAUGUCACCCUGGAGCUGCGCCAGUACAACCAGCUGCUGGAGAAGGUCCGGAUCCGGGACGCCCUGCGCUGCAUCCUGAGCAUUUCUCGCUAUGGCAACCAGUACAUCCAGGUGAACGAGCCCUGGAAACGGAUCAAGGGUCACGACGCUGACAGGACUCGGGCGGGCACGGUGACGGGCGUGGCCGUCAAUAUCGCUGCCCUGAUCUCAGUCAUGCUGCAGCCCUACAUGCCCUGCAUCAGCGCCACCAUCCAGCGCCAGCUCUGUGUGCCGCAGGCCUGCAACGUGCUGACGGACACCUUCCUCUGCCUCCUGCCGCCCGGGCACCAGAUCGGCACGGUGAACCCCCUGUUCCAGAAGCUGGAGAACGAGCAGAUUGAAGCCCUGCGGAAGCGGUUUGGAGGAGGGCAGCCUGAAGACUCCACCUUGGAGCUGCAGGCACAGGCUGCCCGCAUGGCCUCGGCCGACGUGACACCCCCUGGGCCUGGGGGAGGCGCUGUGCUGGCAGGGGACCCCCAGAAGGUCAAGGAGCUGGCUGAGGAGGUGGCCAAACAGGCCGACCACGUGCGCCAGCUGAAGGCCAGCAAGGCAGAGAAGGGGCAGAUUGACAGCGAGGUUGCCAAGCUGCUGGAGCUGAAGAAGCAGCUGGCGCUGGCCGAGGGGAAGACCCCCGAGCCGCCGGCUCCCAAGGGGAAGAAGAGGAAAUAGCUCCCGAGUGGCAGCCCCCCUGGUUCUCCCCCUGCUGGGAGAGCUGCACCUGCCCCCUCCAGCCCCAGAAGAAAUACCUGUGAGCAGCCCAGGCUGUGGGGCCUGGCCCUGCCUCCCCUUUGGGCCCCUCCUGCAGCAACUGCGCCGAGUGCAAGGGGCCCCCGCCCCGCCUCCCGCCGUUCCCAGCCCACACAAGGACCCGCAGAGCCGCUCGGGCAGACGGGCUGUAAUGGGGGACCGUGCGGGGCCGUACAAUAAAGGGUUUGCUAGA